GCCAACAACAGUGUGUAGCCCUGGCAAGGAAGACACCAGCGUGGGACAGCCAUGGCACCCAGGACAGGGGGCCCAAGCCACCUGCUGCUGACGGUGGCCGCUGUCCUGAUGCUGCCCACGAGGCCCCCUGGCUCCUGGGGAGCUCGGAUCAUCGGAGGUCGAGAAGUGACACCCCACUCCCGGCCCUACAUGGCCUCCGUGAGCUUUGAGGGCCAGCACCACUGUGGAGGCUUUCUGCUCCAGGCCCGCUGGGUGGUCUCAGCCGCCCACUGCUUCAGUGACAGGGACCCUCGUAUGGGCCUGGUGGUGCUCGGGGCCCAUGUUCUACACCCCUCGGAGCCCACGCAGCAGGUGUUCAGCAUCACAGCUGUGGUGAAGCACCCCAAGUACCAGCCUGAGACCCACGCCAAUGACAUCUGCCUGUUGUGGCUGAACAGCUCUGCAGUCCUGGGUCCAGCAGUGGGGCUACUGAGGCUGCCUCGAAGAGGCGCUCGGCCCCCUGCAGCCGGGACACCGUGUCGCGUGGCUGGCUGGGGCUUCGUGUCAGACUUUGAGGAUGCUCCACCUGGACUGAUGGAGGCUAAGGUCCAGGUGCUAGGCUUAGAUGUCUGCAACAGCUCAUGGCGUGGCCAGCUGAGCCCUGCCAUGCUCUGCACACACAGCGGGGACCGACGGAGGCGUGGCUUCUGCUCGGCAGACUCUGGGGGGCCCCUGGUGUGUGGGAGCCGGGCUCAUGGCCUUGUCUCCUUCUCAGGCCUGUGGUGUGGGGACCCCAAGACACCGGAUGUAUACACACAAAUGUCUGCCUUCGUGGCUUGGAUCUGGGACGUGGUUCGGGGCAGCCCCCCACCUGGGAUUUUAGGGCACCCCAGAUGAAUGGCAAGCUAUUCUCAGCAGCUUGGAUAUAGAAUAAUCUGGAACCCAGAAACUGGAGCCCUGGUGUCCAGAGAAGGAGGCUUUCAUUCCAAAUGAAAAAAGGCCAAAUGAAGUUGGGCACUGGUGGCUCACACCUGUAAUCCUAACUUCUAGGAGGAUGAGAUCUGAAGAUCACUUGA